UGUGUGCGGCUGGAUUCUGCGACCGUCAUCUCGCAAGCGUUGAUAUUUGCGCUUAAAAUUUCGAACUUUUCAAAUCCAGUUACUCCAUGAAAAACUGUAUUUACCCAUGUUUGAGCGUGAGAUCAAAAAAGAAUAACAUAAAGAAGAAAUUCAUACCGCAUGCAUAUUCUUAAUCUUUCAUUCAUUCUUUUUCGGAGCUCAUAGCGCGAAAAAUAAAAAUUUCCAAAAUAAACCGAGAAUUACCAUAUUCGGACGCACAGAAAAUCCGAAAAUAAUAAUUAAUCUAUAAAUAGCCUGAAAUAUAUAGAGACUGUUGUCGCGCGGAGCAGUCGACGGCAACGCCAGCUACAGAUGAUUUCACGUGCUAAUAAUGGUGGCCCGGACACGUUCUUCCCGAUUAAUACUGCAGAGCAGCAGUAGCGACGUCGAGCUGUGCCAGGAAAGCCCGAGUGCUCCCCGCCCGCCGCCGUCACGUUCCAGCAGUAGCAGCAUCAGUAGUCGUCCCGACUGCGUGGCCCUCGGCUCGUGAGACGCUUCUCUCUCACACGCGAGUACGAUUUGACAAUAGUUGUUCUCUCUCUUCGACAACCAUCAGGUCCCGGAGAUAUCCAUCAUCAUGGACGACUGGGAUUCCGACAAGAUCGAGGCGCAGUUCGAGGACCACCUCGCGUUGCGUUCCAACAAAUGGGAGGGCGAGGACGAGGAGGAGGAAGUCCUGGAAAGCUGGGAAGAUAUGAACGAUGAGAAAAAGGAUGUUGAGAAAGUCCCUGCAGAAGUCCCAAAGGCAAAGCCAAAGCCUAAGAAAACUUUAGCCGAGAAAAUUGAAGAGCGUGAGAGAAGAGCUCGUGAAGAAGCCGAGCAAAAGGCAAAGGAAAAGGAAGAAGCUCUGACACCAGAAGAGAGAAGAGCUGAGAUGCUCAGAAGGCAAAAACUGCAAGAGGAAGCCGAUCUGCGACUUGCUAUGGAAACUUUCGGAGUGACAGAAGGAUCUUCAGGCAUUGACGCUAUGAUGCCAACAAACGCAGAUGAAUUUAAGGAGUUCGCUGAUGCGUUAUUAACGAAAAUCAACCAGUUCAAUAAACACACAGAUUUCCCAUUGUUCGCAGAAGAAUUAAUAAAGAAUAUUUGCCUGACUCUUCCAGUUACUUCUUUGAGGAAAAUAAAAACAACGGUAGAAAGUUUGCACACUGAAAAAGCAAAAAUGGAUAAGGAAAAGGCAAAGAAGAAUAAGGGCAAAGGAAAAGCUAAACUGAAGAUGGACGGUGACGAGCUCGGUGAUUUCGGAUCGUAUGACAACGACUAUGAUGACUUUAUGUAGCGACUUUGUACAGUCUUGUACAUUCUAGUCGCGCGGUAACAGAGACACAAACACAUACCUAUACUAAAUAUAGCAGAAUUGCAACAGAGUGCAAAAGAACAUGUACUGUUUACUGUACCAUUAUUCGCGAAAAAUUUAUAACUGCAAGAUUAAUCUUAUACAUAUUGAGUGCAGGCGAAGGCAAAUAGUUACUUCGUCAAUUUUAAAUGAAUGCUUUUUAAUGAUGCCAUAAUUCUGUUACUAUUAAUUAUUUCUAUGAAAAGAUAAGUAUAUCUCGAGAUUAGAAAACAAAAAAUGUAUAAUGACAACAGAAAGUUUUUUUUUAAUCGAGUUCAACGAACGCAUUGUAUUAUACAUCCAUUUUAUAAAAUAACUAGUUUUAACAUAAAUAUGGCACAAACUAAAAAAAGAACGAAAGGCGCCAUGAUCAGAUUGAUUAGUAGUUUUUUCAAUCAAAGCGCCAAAGUUAAACAAAUGCACUAAUUUUGAAAGAAAUAUAUAUACAUAUAAGUGCUAUAGGCUUUGUUAUGAAAAGAAUUUGUACAUAAUCUUUCCAUUUACACUGAUCCUCUCUUAAAUUUUUGAUUUAUUAGGCUACUAAUAUUACAAGAUUGUUCUUUUAUAUCUCCAGUUUGACCAAAAUUAUCUGGUCCAUCAAGUUAAUUUACACUUUAAAGAAUAGUAAAAGAAAUGUUAAAGUCAAUGUUACUGAAAAAUAAUGCAAAGCAGGUUGUAUUGAAAAAUAUUGCUCUGCUUUAAAAAUACCCGUGAGAUGAAGGUAUAAGUGUUCAGACAUUGGUAAAAAUCUAGUGCAUGUCUGAACACUGUUACCGUUACCUUGAAUCUUAAAAUACUGCUGGCGAUAUUAUAUGCUUAAUCAAAUUUUGAAAAAGCGUUUUUUUAACAGGUGUGAGUUAAGUUUAAUAAAUAUAAUAAAAUUAAGUUGAAUAUAGAUGUUCUUUUUCACAAAAAAGAAGUUUGCAUUGUCCUUUUUACGUUGAAAAUCAAAAAACAAAUUAUUUAGUUGGAUACUUUGGCUUUUUUGUCUCCAGUUUCAAGGAAAAGUAUUUAGCUGUUAAUCAGUUCAAAACUGGAUUAGCGGUGAUUAUAUGCCUACAAAUAUAUAUAGCGAAUUCAAUUCUGAAAAUUGUAUGCAUACAUUUAUAAGCACAUAUGCCAGGACUGGAGAUAAGUUGGUUUUGAAAAGAUUAUAUUCCUAAAUAAAGGUUGAUCAUAAAA